AUGUCCACCGCCGGAAACGACGAGAUUUAUGAGAGCCUGCGCAGGCUCUUCGACGAAGGUCUCCUCUCAGGCCUCCUCUCCGACGAACAGUACAAGCUCGAGGAGAUCGCGGAGGAACCCGAGGAUGUCACCGUCAUCCCUGAUCACUUCUUCCAUCCAAGGAACUACCUUCCCUUCUGGACGGAUCCGCCGCCUGACGAGGAUACUACGGAAGCCUCACCGAGCGCGGUCCCUGCACCCCAGACGGCGAUCCCAUCAGCGUCUUCUGCCACCCCGACCUCCCAGCCCAAUAUUGAGACUCAGCUCGCUCUACAGACUCCUCAGCCCAGCCCCCUUCAUCUCCCGACCGCUCAAGCCCAAUCCCCAGCCCCGCAAGAGCUCGCGCAGCCCUUCACCAUCCAACAGGAACAGCACGUGAACAUGGGUAUAGGUUCGACGCCAAGCGACCCUUCUACCCCUCCUUCGACACACCUCAAUGCACCCAUCUCGUUCCCCAGCACCACGGUUCCCGCCGCCAUCGCCGACACUAACGCCAUGCCCUCGGCAUCAGCCGGCGCUCCUCUCGCGGCUGCCAACAUCUACGCUCCUACCAAUCUCUACAACACAAACUCAUCCGCCGCCCUCCCUAUCACGGACAACACGCCUGCUGCGGCCCCCGACGCUAAUGAAGCCCUCCUCCGUGCCUUGUACGCCGCCAACCCGUGGUACCCAACGCCUCCCAACUCCUCGCGGGUCCCGACGCCUCCUGGACCCCAGCAGAUGGCUGCGUACCCGCUCUUCUCACCGUAUGCGCACAUCCCGGCAUACGCGCCUGUUCCGUAUCAUGCGCAGAUCCCUACAUACGGCCCCCACCCUGCAUAUAUGCAUCUCCCUGCGUAUGCGCCGAUGCUGCCAUACGCGCUGAUGCCUGGCUAUGCGCCCUACCCGAUGCAGGUGCAUGUUCCCGCUCCGCAAGGCCCUAUGCAGCUGCCCAACGCGCCCCCGGCGCAGACGUACUACACCGCGGAUAGCGCGCCGAUGGGCGGUGCCGGUGCUCCCAUGAACAUCGUUCCUUUCUCGAGCGUCGUCCCCUCCUCGGGCGGUGUUCCUUUCUCGAGCGGCACAUCGUCCUCGAACGGCGCUGCUGCGAUCCCGAUUGAUGUCGCUGCUAUCCCGAGCGUUGCCGCUGCUCCUACCAGCGGCUUGCCAUCCAGACACUACCGUCCCCAUGUCUACGAGGCCGCGCGCGCCGAGCAGGCUGCCCAGGCCACUCACUCGGCGGAGGUUGCGCAGACCGUCUACGCCUCGCCGGUCUCCCAGGCGUCCCAGUCGGCGGAGGUCUCGCAGACCGCUCACGCUGCGCAGGUCUCCCAGCCGACUCAGGUCUCCUCGGCGCCGGUCGGUCAGACCGCCCUCCCCUCGCCCAACGUCCUCCACGCUGCGCUCCCCGCCCUCAAGCGUAAGCGGGAUGAAUCGGACGCUGAGGCGGAGGCGAGCGGACAGAGGCCGCCUGAGCGAUGCCGAUGGCAGCACGGCAGGGAGCCGUGCACGUACGUCUUCCACCCUCAGGAUUAUUCGACCGUAGGGGAUUGCGCCGCGCACGUCGAGGCGCACCUCGAAGGCCGCGUGCUCCCUGGUUCGUUGAUUGCAUGCCAGUGGGGUGUUUGCCUUCGUAGCUUUAGGACCGUCAAGCUCGCUGCCAAACACGUCGCCGAGCGCCACAUCCUCCACAUCCCUGGCCGCACGAGCAAGAAGGCCAAGACCUCCCACACCGCUCUCUAA